CCUCCCGGGAUCCCCGGUUCCGCAGCCCUCGGGGAUCAGGCUCAAAGGUUACCAAAGAGCGCCUCCGCCCAGAGGUCCCGCAAACUCCAAGCCCGGAGCCCCAGGGGCUGCGCCGGAGCGGGGAGGAGCCCUCCCGCUCCCUGUCUGCGACUAGAAGCAGCAGCCUUUGGCCGCACCGGGAGCAACGGCUGGAGGCCCUGCCCUUGCAACUUCCAUCUUCCCAGCGAGCCCCAGCGGAGACGCGGGCUUAGAACGACACCGGCGUCGGCCCGGUCCAGACGGCGAGUCCGAGACCAGGCUGACGCAAACCCCAAGCAACGCCCGACCCGGCUGCAGGCCGAGGGCCUGAACCUGCCGUCACAGGAACCCCAGCUGACCGCCGAGAGGCUCGGCGGACUAGAGUAGCCGGAACGCGUUGGGGGGGCGGAGCUGGGGCGGGCUGAAGCGCAGAGCGCACGCGCACGCGCGGCGGCGCCGGCGUCUAGAGGACCCUGAACGCGCGCGGGAGACUAAGCCCGGGCGGACAGGAGUACCGGGCGCAUGCGCAGCGGUGACGGCGCCCGAAAUGGCUCCCCCUCAGCGGUUUCGGGUGCUGCGGUGCUGCAGUUGUCGCCUCUUCCAGGCGCACCAGGAGAAAAAGAGUCUCAAGUGGACAUGCAAAGCUUGUGGAGAGAAGCAGUCAUUUUUGCGGACUUAUGGUGAUGGCUCUGGUGCUGACUGUAGACGCCACGUCCAAAAAUUAAAUCUGCUGCAGGGACAGAUUUCAGAGAUGUCACUCAGGUCUCUGGAAGAACCUGUACCCCUUGGUGAAGAGGAGAAUGCGGGGCCCGGGCAGGCUGAGUGUGAGAGUGUGCAGGAAAAACCGCAGUCCUCAGAGAGCCGCUGGCUGAGGUAUCUGGAAAGAGACUCGAAAGAGCUGGGGAUGGAAGGAGGAGGAGUGUGUUUCGAGAGACCGUCCUUGUCCAGGACAGAGAAGCCAGAGCCUCCCUUCAACACAGGCCUGCCUAGAAAAAGGACAUGGAGCCAGAGCACGAUCCAGCCUCCACACAGCCCUGAGGUCCAGAACCUGGGUGAUUCUGAGGUUACCUUGGAGCCCCAGAAGGACUGCGCUGGCCUGGCCGGGAAGGUCAAAGAAGGUGGCAGCCACAAGGACUGGGGCACCGGGGAGCUUUCUUUUCCUCAGGGGGAUCCUCCACAUCCGGCCCCACAGGUCAGAGCCGUGUCUGCCAAGUGGGAACAAUUCCUGCUGCCUCAUGGAGAUGGCCCACGUGUGGACGUGGAGCCCCCGGUACCCCUGCACAGGGACCCCAAACCAGCCGGGGCAGCACUGGCUGAGCAGGGGACCCUCCACGUCCAGACCUCAAGGGAAGGGCGCCCCGGCAGGCCCCUCGCUGCACCCAAGCUUCCCUGGCCCACACGCUCUCUCACGUCGGGGUCCCAGAGGUCCUGCAUGAAGCCCCCCGGACAGCCACAGGACACUGGUCCUCUGGCAAAGGGCAGGCCCCUGGUCACAGGGGUACAGGAACCCCCACUUGUGCGACUGUGUGACCUCUUUAAAACUGGUGAGGACUUUGAAGACGACCUGUGAAUUGAAACUAGAGUGUUGCCGACACGGACACGCAUUCCAUGAGCCCUUCUCCCCUGGACCUCUCGGCCACUGCCAAGGGGGCUCCCCAGUUAGCUUUUAAAUAGGACUGGGCGUGGGGGGGGGCACACCUGGGCAGCUCAGCCGGUUAAGCGUCUGCCUUUGGUUCAGGUCAUGAUUUCAGGGUCCUGGGACCAAGCCCCACAAAAGGCUCCCUGCUCGGGGGGUCUGCUUCUCCCU